GUUUUCUGGAGGUGGCGGUGUACACACGAGACAAGGAAGGCGCCUUUCAGGGCGAGGAAGGAGCCAAGCAAGUGCUCUGGAUGUCAGGAAACGGCUCAUGUCUGUCGCUACGUUUAAGGAGGUACGGACACAGCUUCAAAAGGCCGGAGAAAGGCGCGGCCCCCAAGCAAAAACCCACCUUCUCUGGGACCACCCACUGUCUUCUCACGAUCACCCAUGUGACACCGUUUCUUGCGUAAAAAGUCGCUUCUUGCCGCUUUCUCCCGCUCUUCUUGAACGCUUCUCUUUCACGCGUUUGCUUGCACACAAAGAACCUCGCUUUCCCCGUACGCGUUUCUGCUCUCUCCUGCUUUGUCUUUUUUGCGCCAGAGAUUUCGACGCUCCCGAACGUGGAGAGAACCCUGAAUGGGUGGUUUGUCGGUUUUCUUUUUUCGUAUAGCGGGCGGCUUCCUGAGUCUCAGAGGGUGGCGCCAAAGUCUUUUUAGAAUUGCGUUGGAAUUGAUUGACGGAAUAGGAAAAUUAAGAAGGAAGCGGGCACUGUGGUUCCCGUUUUCCCUCCGAGUCGCAGGCGGCCAAGCCAAGGCUCGCGGCGAAUAGACAAGAGGAGGUCACCCGAGUUUUUCAUCGCAUCGCGGCGCAGCGAAAACAGUCGCGUUCCGCGCCCUUUCAUCUGUUUACCCUCGAGAGGAGGAAAGCGCAAAGAAGAGGCGGAAGGCGGCGAAACGGGAGAGGUUCGUCUUCAUCUGUUGGGGAGACACUCCAGACGAGGCGUGGGUGUACGAAGCAAACGUGCAAAAGUUAGUUGAAAAAACACCCUCUUUCACGAUUUUGCGUUUAAGUGGUCGGCUUUCUUCGAUUUCUUUGCUGGCCUUCGUGUUCUUGCAUAUGCGUUCCCCGAUUUCUUUCUCUCCACUCGCCCGCGUCGAUCGCAUGUCUUCGCUCGCGUUUCGGCAUCUUUCUCCCCGUCUCGUUCCUCCCCUUCGCCUCGCCUGUCUCGUCUUUUUUCUCCGCUUCCUUUCGCGUUUCUCGGUCCGUCCCUCUCCCCUCGAGCGCAAAGAUGCCUCUCCGGGUCUCGCUGAAAAAGCACUUUUUCGCGCGCUCUGAGCGCGUCAAGUCUGUGGACUUCCACCCCACAGAGCCUUUCCUUCUCUCUGCCCUCUACGAUGGUCGACUUCAAAUCCACGACUACACCACGCAUGCACUCGUCAAAGAAAUCGACGCCUCUCCCCUCCCUCUCAGAACGGCGAAGUUUAUCGUCAAGCGACAAUGGAUGAUCUGUGGAGGAGACGACUGCGCUCUGCGCGUUUUCAACAUCCAUACCCUGGAGAAAGUGAAGGAGAUUCCAAGUGCUCAUGGAGACUACAUUCGGCACAUCUCCGUGCAUGCAGCGAAGCCUCUUGUUCUCUCUUCCUCGGAUGACAUGACUGUCAAGUUGUGGCACUACGAGAAGAACUGGCAGAAGGUCGCCUCUUACGAGCAGCACACCCACUACGUUAUGCAGACCCAGUGGCACCCUCGAGACCCAAAUCUUUUUGCUUCUUGUUCCCUGGAUAGAACCAUCAAAGUGUGGGGAAUCCAGGUCCGCAGUUCUUCACCUUCCGCCUCCGACAGCAGCGCGGCGGUUGUCUCAGCCCCCCAUUUCACCCUGACGGGUCACGAACGAGGCGUCAAUUGCAUCGAAUACUCCAAGAGCGGAGAACGACCCUACCUGGUCUCAGGCAGUGACGACUGCACCGUUCGCGUCUGGGAUUAUCAGACCAAGCAGUGUAUCCAGGUUUUGAGUGGCCACUCGCGGAACGUGUGCUCAGUUCUGUUAACGUCGCUUGCAGGGCACGUACUUCCCCUCCUCUUCUCCGCAGGCGAAGACGCGCAGCUGUUUGUGUGGCAUGCGCUGACGUACAAGAAGGAGCUUUCUCUGGAUUUAAAUGUAGAGCGAAUCUGGUCCCUGUCUCUCCUUGAUCCUUCCUCGGCUGCCUCUGCCUCGACCAGUGGCUCUGCAGGCGUCGCCUCUGCCGCUGGCGCGACAGGCUCAGGCGCAGGCGGCCUGGGGGGUCUCGUCCUCGCCAUUGGAAGUGACUCGGGAACUCUCGUUCUCAAAAUGGGGAAGGAGCAGCCAGUUGCGUCGCUGCACAGUGGCAAGGCAGUUGUUGCGCGAGGCUUUGAAAUUCUGCAAGUGAAUUUGCGGCUGUUGGAGGAGCAGCAGUAUCAGGACGGCGAACGGUUGCCGGUGGCGUACAAGGAACUCGGCCAAUGCGAAAUUUUUCCUCAAACCAUCAGCCACCACCCCAACGGUCGAUUCAUUGCGGUCUGCGGCGACGGCGAAUACGUGAUUUACACAGCACAGGCUUUGCGAAACAAGACGUUCGGGAAGUGCGUUGACUUUGUGUGGUCGGCUGACGGUCACUAUGCGAUUCGAGAGGAAAGCAAUCGCAUCCGCGUUCACACAAGCUUCACAGAAACCUUCAACUUUACUCCCCCCUUCUCAGUAGAGACGCUGUGGGGUGGAGCCCUUCUCGCUCUCAAGGCCAGCGACGACUCUUUCGUCUGCUUCUACGAUUGGGAAGCUUGCAGGCUCAUUCGCCGCAUCGACGUGGUUGGCGUGCAGCAGGUGCACUGGAGUCCGAGCGGCUUCUUCGUCGCUCUUUUCACUUCCGACAAAGUCUACAUUCUGCGUCACGACAAAUUUGCAGUCAUGGCGGCCAACGCAGCGCAGGCCAGAGAGGAAGAGGGCGGCAUCGAAAUCGCCUUCGAACUCGUAGACCAAGUGACGGAGUCAGCGGGCAGUGGUGUCUGGGUUAGCGAGUGCCUGGUCUACACGACGGCGCAAGGGCGCGUAAAAUGCUGGUGCGCAGGUCAGGUCGAAACGCUCCAUCACCUGAAUGCGGGGGGCCGAGCUUCCUCGUUUAUCCUCGGGUACCUGCCAGAACACAAUCGCCUGUACUUGAUUGACCGCGACCUAGGUCUCAGCGCAUGCAGUCUCCACGUCGCCUUCAUCGAGUACAAGGUCGCGAUGGCGCGCGGCGACCUGCAAGCAGCCGAGGAGUUUCUUCCGCGUAUCCCCGUCGAACUACACGACCGCACUGCGCGUUUCCUUUUCUCAAAAGGAUACAAAGAAGAGGCUCUAAGACUCGCGCGAGAUGAGCAGCUGCGCUUCGACGUCGCCCUGUCUCUGGGUCGCCUGCAAACUUGCGCCGAGCUGGUGCGGUCGACGAGCAAAUCUUCGACAGAGCCGGGGACGGUCGUGGCUCGGUGGAAGCGUCUGGGCGACAUGGCCCUUGAGACGGGGCAUUUGCCCUUGGCAGCCUCUUGCUUCCACGAGUGCCGGGAUCACCACUCGCUGCUCCUGCUCUACUCCGCCAGCGGAGACGCCCCAAGGCUGCUGAACGUCGCAGCUGAGGCUCUCAAAGAUAAAAACUUUACUGUGGCGUUUCUCGCCUAUGCGCUCUGUCAGCGCGUCGACAACUGUGUCGAUGUGCUCUGGGCGGCCGAGCGAUUCCCAGAGGCGGCUCUGUUUGCCCGGAGCUACGCGCCCAGUCGUGCGAGUGCAUGCGUGCAGAAGUGGCGAGAUGCCCUUUGGAAGAAGCAGAGCAAAGGAGACAAAAGACAGAAAAGCGACUCUCAGAGAAAAGAAGAAGAACUUUGCUGCAGAGCAGGCGGCCCAGCUGACCCUGCGGAGCACCCAGAGAAAUUUGAGAAUCUUCAGGAUGCCAUCGAGGCAGAAAAGAUUCUUAGAGAGAGAUACGCUCGCGUCGUCCCUGCUUCGACUUUUCCGUCGGUGCGGAGCUUGCUCGACUACGAUAUCGUUCAACAGAUCAACCAAGAAGGUGUACAGAAAAUCCGAAAUGAAUUGCUUUCGAUUUCUCUGGACGAAGUUCUGGAGGGAGCAGGCGAAACAAAGGAAGUGCCAGACCUCCUCGACGCUGGGGCGCCCGGGUCCCUGCCCCACGGACAGGAGCUCCCUGUGAACGGAACUGCGCGCGAGGCAUGUGUGUCUGGUUUCGAUGAGACUUUGUCAGGCGUGCCGGCCGACAUGCAUCGCCUGCCCCACAGUCACGCAGCUUCUUCACCUGUGGCGCCUGAGGCUGCGGCCUCCAGCUCGCAGGCUCCUCUGUAUCGAUCAGCGGUGGCUGAAGGCGCGCUGGGGACGCUCGAACCUCAUGUAAACCACGCGCCGAACUCGACUCUCGAUGCUGCUGUCUCUGGAUCUGCGAGCGUCGCCUAUUCCGACAUCCGCAGCACCGUGACGGAAAGAAGUGCCUACACUGGCACCUCCAGUCUGGACGGACAGACUGGCGCCGGUGCCUCCGGCGUCUAUACACUUGGCGCGAGUUGGGGAGACGGGAGUGUCGCGCAGUCGCAGGUCGGCGUGGACAGCCGGGAGGAAGAGCGAGAAAGGUUCGGAGACACUGAGAAGCGUGUAGAGUUCGUGGAGGACGAAGUCGACGCCGUGGGCGUGUACUCGGGGAGCAGAACUCAGGCAGAUGGCCAGAGCGAUGGGCAGUCCCCGCAUGCGUCGUGGAGGCUUCACCCGCCAUCUGUGUCCCCAGGAGUUCGAGACCCAGGGAGCGCAUGCAGCGGCUAUGGGGUCGAGCGAAUCGCAGCGCAUCCUGAGAACGACUUUGCACGCACAAGCCAGUUCGCGUCCCCGCACUCACACGGCGGAGGAAUGCACCAGGAACAGCGACAGCCCGGCCAGGAGUUCUACGGAGCAGCCGACGCGGGCGCUCAGUUUUUGCGAGACGAAUUUGUCGAUGUUGCGGAGCCCAGUGAACUGCGCAAAGGUGUGGCAGGCGGGAGCGACAGUUCCUUUUCCGACGUUGAGGCGUGAGGCGUCACGUGUGACGCGCGAAUUGUGUGCGAAGAAAAGGGGAGAAGAGCGGGGAUCAGCGUAAAUAUACCAACAGUUACGCAGAGGGGCAGAAUUUCAAAAGUCGGGCUAGAGGCCAGGCGGUCGAAAUCGUCCAACGGGCCAGUCAACCGAAUCUGUCGGGGGUACAAGGAUCUUGUCGGGUGUCGAGAAACGCGAGCAAAAAGGGGGAAAUGCGUUUAGAAGAAAACGAAGAGACUCCCCGCGGCAGAAAAGCGAAGCAAAUCGAGAUCAACAAAGUACGGAAGACACCAUGAGGCAGGCGCGCAGACCAGAGGGUGAAAAUCGAUGCAUGCACAGGGUAAGGGUGGCGUGGAGGAGGACGAGGCAAACAGCAGGAGGUCGGUAGCGAGCUGGAGGACUACGAUGUCGUAGGCCGAGUAGAUGUCAAGGAUCGAAAGGAGAAGCAAGGAGGCGCAAAAUGUCGUACAUGGAAACGUCUGUCCUUCGCUGCAUCGAAGUUGAUACUCAGUUGUGUCUCUGAGACGCGAACUUCCCGGUUUUGAUCUUCACGAAAGGGAACAGCGACGAACGCUGUGGUAAUCUGGCAAACCCAAAGACUAAGAGUGGAGCUGUGUGAUGAAGAAGCAAGCAAUGACGGAACGAGAGAGCUUUUUCAGAGAAUGGGAAAAAAACGAUUUGUCCUUUUGUUUUUCCAGCGCGGCUUUUUCCGGUUGCGAGACCCGCCACACGCAUGCGUCUUACCCUUUGCCUCCUCAAUUCUUUAAAUAAGGCC